AUGCCUUUUACGGGCCUCGCCGUGGGGAAUAGCUCUCAGUGUUCGUCACUCGCUAAUACUACCAUCACCGUGCAAUAUGACACUAUUCUCGCCCUCACCGAGCCGAGCGCCUCCCUGAACCGUGGCAGCGACCUCGUGAAUGCUUUUCUCCUUCUCUGGCACACUGGCUUUGACUUUUCCUCUAUUACCAGUUAUGGUUUGCAGCUCAUCGAUCUCGUAUCCUUGCAAUGGGAUCUCUUCUCUUCUGAACCUCUGUAUCGUGGGUAUUUAUAUCCUGGAAACUUUUUCAACUGGAAACUCAAAGGCAGCAAGCCAUACCGACUCUCGAGCACCAUCACCACAGACUAUGGUGGCCUCGGGGACAUCAUAGUCAACAUGACGAACUGUACCAACACGGAACUUGUUCCGUGGUUAGUCUUUUUGAAUUAUGGGACCCUAGGGAAUGGUACCUCUGUCGGAGAUAUCGGGUGGCCGAAUAUGACAGUCAACCUGAAGUUCGACCGCGCGACGGCAAACUAUACUGUCCAUGUUUACUUCGAGGCCUAUCGACUUUUCGGCAAAGGUGAAGAUAAAUUCGGCGGUGCCCCUGCUCAAGGGCAAUUCACUUUGCGAUUCGCGGGUAUAUUAGAUGCCUACCACUCGGAUGUCUUGGACAACGACACGACCACACCGACCUGGCUGCGUACGGUUGGCUUCAAUAACAAUUCGCAAAACAUCGGAUUCACGGGGGCAGCGGGGAGGAUGUGUUCCCUCGCGGAUGCGGGCUCAUGGGCUCUUGCCUUGAACACUACGGGCACCUACGGGGGUUCCUUCGCCGUGGACGUCAUAACGGCCUCCUCAACACUGCCAACUUGCUUCUACAACCUGCCCGUCUUCACUGUCGAGACCUCGGACGAGCCUACCAUCAACAACUUCCUGUCCUCGCCUUGUCUCGUGUACGAGCAGAACCAGACCGCUGAGAUCGCUGAGCCGGGCGUCACCUGGUUGCCGAGUAAUCUGGCGGAUGUCUUUGUUCUGAAUUUCUGUGAGCGUGGGCAGCUUUCGAAGGAAUGGCUAGACUGCCCAGGAAUGCAGCGCAGUCUAGCCUAG